CAGCGCCCCGGCACCCCGCUUGCCCCGAGCCGUGCCUUCAGCAACAACAAGAUCCUAGUGGAGCUGGACGAGAGCUCAGGUGUUGCCACGAUGAAGUUCAAGAGCCCCCCAGUCAACAGCCUCAGCCUGGACUUCCUCACCGAGUUUUGCAUAAGCCUGGAAAAGCUGGAGAAUGACCGAGCCUGCCGGGGCGUGAUCCUCACAUCUGCCAUCCCCAAAAUUUUCUCAUCUGGCCUGGACAUCACCGAGAUGUGCGGGAAGAGCACGGAGCACUACGCCGAGUUCUGGCGAGCUCUGCAGGAGAUGUGGCUCCGACUGUACAGCUCCAACCUGGUGACGGUUGCUGCAGUCAACGGGUCCAGCCCGGCGGGAGGCUGUCUCAUUGCUUUGUCGUGUGACUACAGGAUCAUGACCGAGAACCCCAAAUUCACCAUCGGCCUGAACGAAGUCCGGCUGGGCAUUGUGGCUCCCUUCUGGUUCAAGGACAUGUUUUUGACCGUUGUGGGACACCGAGUUGCUGAACGCUCCCUUCAGCUGGGCUCCCUCUACCCCGCACCUGAAGCCCACAAGUUAGGCCUCGUGGAUGAGCUGGUGCCAGAGGAGAGGCUCCAAGAGAAGGCUGCUGCUGUUAUGGCACAGUGGCUGGCCCUUCCCGACCAUGCCCGUCAGAUCACCAAGUCCAUGAUAAGGAAGGCGGUGUUGGACCGCCUGGUAGCUCACCGGGAGGAAGACAUUCAGAACUUCGUCAGCUUCAUUUCAAAAGAGUCCAUCCAGAAGUCGCUUCGCAUGUACAUGGAGAUGCUGAAGAAGAAGAAGAGCUAAGGAGGCAGCCGCCUGGGGCCUGGUCCCAGGAGCUCAAAUGACCUUCCGAAACUCUGCAGUAGCUGUAGACUUUCACAGUGAAGCCAUCUGCA